AUGUCGGCUUCAGGUAUUUAUACUACGAUUUGUGUUGUAUGGUGUUUAAUGAAUCAUGUUUCUAAUAUAUAUGAUCAUCCAAAAAUUUUAUGGAAUAUAGUUUUUAAUUCUUGUGUAUUUGCCGCUGCUACGAUUCAAGCAGAUAUGCGAGAUGUUGAAGGUGAUCGUGCUCAAGGAAAGCGAACAUUUUCUGUCACAAUGGGUAAUCGAAAAGCAGCACAAUUAAUUGCUAAAAUCUUUUUUUGUGUAUUAUUGCUUAUUCUUAUUGAAGCAAGUCUAGUUGAACAAGAGCGUAUAGUGAGCAAAUCAACAUAUAUGCUAAUCAAUUGUCUUCUAUUUGGAAUAAUGAUUAUACGAAAUUUAUUUUUAUAUGAUGUACGUAAAACAUAUGAAUUCUAUGUUGAAUUGACAUUCUUUUUUUAUAUAUUUGCGAUGCCAAUUAUUAAAACUAAUUGA